AUGGAGCGGGUGAGCGAGGCCGCCGCCUGCGGCCCCUCGUCGGGCUGCUACACGUACCAGGUGAGCCGGCACAGCGCCGACAUGCUGCACAGCCUCAACCAGCAGCGCAAGAACGGCGGCCGCUUCUGCGACGUGCUCCUGCGUGUGGGCGACGAGAGCUUCCCGGCGCACCGGGCGGUGCUGGCAGCCUGCAGCGAGUACUUCGAGUCGGUGUUCAGCGCUCAGCCGGGCGACGGAGCGGCCGGCGGUGGAGAAGGGGGCUCGGCGGAGGCGGCGGCGGCCGGCGGAGCUUCGGCGGCAGGCGGCGGGUCCCCCGGGGGGGGGCGGGAGCUGGAGAUGCACACCAUCAGCUCCAAGGUGUUCGGGGACAUCCUGGACUUCGCCUAUACCUCGCGCAUCGUGGUGCGGCUGGAGAGCUUCCCGGAGCUCAUGACGGCCGCCAAGUUCCUGCUGAUGCGCUCUGUCAUCGACAUCUGCCAGGAGGUCAUCAAGCAGUCCAACGUGCAGAUCCUCGUGCCCCCCACGCGCCCCGACAUCAUGCUGUUCCGCCCGGGGGCCGCUGACCUCGGCUUCCCUCUCGACAUGACCAACGGUGCCACGUUGGCGCCCAAUGGCAAUGGCAUUGCAGGCAUGCCUGAAGACGAGGCCACGCGGGCUGCGCUCACCGCGGCACAGUCCUCCCUGCCUGUGCUGCAGGGUGUGGACCGCCUGCCCAUGGUGGCAGGACCCCUCUCCCCACCGCUGCUGGCCUCACCCUUCCAGAAUGUUGCUGCUAGUGCCCCCACCUUAGGUACCAAGCGGGGCAGAGGCCGUCCCCGUAAAGCCAACCUCUUGGACUCCAUGAUGUUCGGGGCCCCGGGUGGACUGCGGGAGGCUGGCAUCCUGCCAUGUGGCCUCUGCGGAAAGGUUUUCACUGAUGCCAAUCGGCUUCGUCAGCACGAGGCUCAGCAUGGGGUGACAAGCUUGCAGCUGGGUUACAUAGACAUCCCACCCCCCAGACUGGGUGAAAAUGGCAUCCCUGGCCAGGACGACCCCGAUGCGCCCAGAAAAAGAAGCAGGACAAGGAAACAGGUGGCAUGUGACAUCUGUGGCAAGAUCUUUCGGGACGUGUACCACCUGAAUCGGCACAAGCUGUCGCACUCUGGUGAGAAGCCUUACUCUUGUCCAGUGUGCGGGUUACGGUUCAAGCGGAAAGACAGGAUGUCCUAUCAUGUUCGAUCCCACGAUGGCUCAGUGGGAAAGCCCUACAUCUGCCAGAGCUGCGGGAAAGGCUUUUCCAGGCCAGACCACUUGAAUGGACACAUCAAACAGGUGCAUACCUCAGAGAGACCUCACAAGUGUCAGCAGGAAAAUGGCAGCCACCAUGGAAUAAGCUCAGAGACAUCCACAGCCAUAGAAAAGUUGAAACUUCAAGAGACUUGUAAUGCUUCCUUUGCCACACGUGAUCGACUGCGCUCACACCUAGCGUGUCAUGAAGACAAAGUUCCGUGCCAGGUGUGUGGGAAGUACUUGCGGGCAGCAUAUAUGGCAGAUCAUUUGAAGAAACACAGUGAAGGACCAAGCAAUUUCUGCACUAUCUGUAACCGAGGUUUCUCCUCUGCCUCCUACUUAAAGGUCCAUGUUAAAACCCACCACGGUGUUCCCCUUCCCCAGGUCUCCAGGCACCAGGAGUCCAUCCCGAAUGGGGGAGCAGCAUUCCACUGCGUCAGAACCUAUGGCAUCAAAGAAGGACAGAAAUGUUCACAUUCGGACCCGAUUGAAAGUUCCGAUUCAUAUGGAGAUCUCUCUGACACCAGUGACCUCAAGACUCCUGAGAAACAGAGCACCAAUGGCUCCUUCUCGUGUGACAUGGCAGUCAGCAAAAACAAAAUGGAGACGGAGGCAGAGAAGAAGUACCCUUGCCCUGAAUGCGGCAGCUUUUUCAGAUCAAAGUCUUAUCUGAACAAACACAUACAGAAAGUUCACGUCAGGGCCCUUGGUGGCCCACUGGGGGACCUUGGUCCUGCUCUGGGAUCCCCCUUUUCACCCCAACAGAACAUGUCUCUUCUGGAGUCAUUUGGGUUUCAGAUCGUCCAGUCAGCAUUUGCAUCAUCCCUUGUGGAUCCAGAGGUCGACCAGCAACCGAUGGGGCCAGAGGGAAAAUGAGAUCAGUCUGACCUUAAAGCAAAGCAGCAGUCUGGCUAUAAUGAUAAGAUGCUGUGAAUGAAAGAGGAAAUAAUGAAAUUUGGUUCUAUAGCUGCAAUUUUUUUUUAAAUUCAUUUUAGCUUCCCUCUUUGUCUCAUGCCCUACCCCACCUUUAAACCUUCACUAGGGAGAGGGAAAAAAUGCUUCUUAGCUGAUGAUUUACAGAAGAUGGUGACCUUGGUUAGGAGACGUGAUUUAAAACACCAAGUGGAGCUAUAAAAGUUGCAGCCAGUGUUUCAUCAUGAUCUUCUAGAAUAAAAAACGAGCACUGAUCUGAGAAUUAGAGACAGUCAUAGUAACCAAGGCACGUGGGAGCUACAGCUACAAGGAGCUGUAUUCUGUUUUCUCUCUUCUUCCUAUCUUCCCUAACCCACCCCAGGAAAACACAGUAAGUUUUGAAAACAGUCCCAUUAUUGACUGAACAUAACGUUAAGAAAAAUGUCCCAUGGUACCUAGCAGAUUACAAUGCAGUUGUCCUUUUAAAAACAAACAAGAAGAAAAUAAAGAAGGUGAGAGAAUUUGAACCCCUUCUACCAUUUGUGAGGCUGUGAGUGCUGCAGCAGGACAUAACUGCUGAGUAAAAUCACCAUUCAGAACAGGUUGUUUUUGUUAUUUUUAACCAUUAAACUUGCUGUCGGGUUUUUAAUCUCUAUUAUUAUUAUUUUAGGACCUGUUGUAGUGAAUUGCUACUGAAAAGCCAGUCUAAGGCGAGACACAGAGCACUCUUAAAGCAGCAGUCACAUUAGGGUUAGUAUUCUUUUUUUUUUUUUUUUAGGUGUACCAUAAUUAAUAACUUGGCUAGUUGGUUGUUUUUAAGUCUAUGAAAGAAAUAGUUUUAUGGGGGAAAAAAAAAUGGAAAAAAUACCAUUGCAGUCUGGUUGACUGGUGCUCAUUUUUCAUGUGGGACCUGGUGCCGGUACAAAUGCAAUCAGCUAUCGGGUUAACACGAUGUACCACUGACUUGUUUAGUGUGAAUAAACCCAGGGGUUCACAGAGUGGUUUUGAUUUAAUUGGAUUGGACUCUAUUAAAGAAGUUAGUAUGUUACUUUACAUCCCCUUGUUUGGUCUGGUUUUUGAACAAUUUAGCCACCUAUCCAAAAGGUGUGCGAAUGAGAACCAGUAAAUAUGGUGUUAAUCCCUCUCCAUUGUACUGCACUCUCAGUGACCUGGGCUUUUUGGCUAGUCUUGCUUUCCUGAUCUACCUUUAGUCAGGUUUGCAAAAGCCAGGCUUGUUCAUUUAUUUGCCAAGAAAGGUUUCUACUAUAAGAGAAUGUGAACAGUAGAUCUCUGAAAAAGAAUUGAUUACAGAAGGCGAAGAAGCAGGGUUUCUAGGCUGUUUGAGGUUCUGUUUAAUCUGAAUAUGCCACUUGAGCAGAAAUAGUGUCCUUUCUUGGUCCUCCCUCUUCCCGUGUAAUUUUUUUUCAAGUUCUUUAUGUAGCAAAUCCAGAUAUAAAUGUUAUGUAAUCAACUAAACACAGGGUUAUGAGCUAGGAAUGCUCCUGAGUUCUAAUCAUGGUUCUGCUAUUGAUGGUCAAAGUUGCAUAGACAACAGCAUAAUCAUUGAAUUAAUUUCUUGAUUUCCUGUAUGUGAGAAGUUUUUUCUACAUCACCUAAUUGCUGUGAGGGGUAAUGAGCAGAGGUUUAAGGAGUGAUUUGGCAAAUCAAGCUCCUAUGUAUGCACUGAAUGUUUCUAGAAAGGCCACUUUGAAGAGCCCAAGUUCCACACCAAACUUGCACUCUGUGAAAUAAUGGUUGUCCCCAUCAUGCAUGCAGUGCUGGUUCAGGAUAAACCACUGCAGACCAGGAUCUACAUCCUCUCUAAGAGGUGUGUUUAUAUGAAAUAAGAAGGUAGCCACAAAGGGCUCUGGUGGCACUCUGCAUUGCCCAAGUGCUCCCAGUCCAAACUGAGCAGCUAAAACAAGACCUUGUUGGAUACAGUCCUAUUUUGGUUUUGUGUUUGAAGUGGAGCCCUUUGUAAGGUUAAAGGUUUUAGGAUGCCAUUCUAAACUCUACUGAUUUAGAACCAGCAGCUUCUCUCUUAUAGGAAGCUCCUUUUUUAAGCUUGCUCUUGAGUAUUUUAAACUGAGGUUGAAUAAUCAAAGACUUUCUCCUUAUAGAACCAGCGCUUCCUAAAUUUGCAUAUUUCAUGCAAAUAUGGACUUGACAUUUUGCUAUUAAUCUGGGUUGGAAGAUUGAAUGACACGCUCUUCUCCAGUCAUCUUCCCCCAGAAUCCCUGGAACAGGUGUGAAUCUCAUCUAAAAGGGAAAGAAAAACAAAAAAAAAACAGCAAAAACCCCUUUAAACAAAGGUGUACUGAUGAGCUUAUUUGACAAGUAGAAACAGGACAUUUCUAGAAAGUAACAAAAUCUGGAUUAUGUUGAGACAACCCUGUAAGCUGCCAAGCAAUUCAAGAUAGAGCAGGCUUUCCACUCAGCAUAACAAUUCCUUGGAAUUAACAAAUGUAAGUGCUGUGCUCUGAAAGAUACGCGAAGUUUGUGUCCUCAGUGUUCCCAGCACUUGGAGAACACGGGGUAGUCAUAAAAUCCAUUUCCAGAAUACAGGUUAUUUUUAUCCUAGUUUUAGUUCCACUGACUUUACUGUUAUUGGUGAGUUGAAUUUUGGCACCACGCGCAUUGGAAUUUCAUUCUGAAAGCUACAAAUUUUGGCCUGAUGAAACUAAUGAAAAGCCUUAAGCUACAAAGGAAACCUCCUAAAACACGGUGCGUUUUGCUCGUCAAAGCAAAUGCUUACUAAGUUGUCAGGAGUGAAUUGAAUGAAAGCUAUUUAAUUCUCAGUCUAGUGAACAAGGAAGCAAUUAGGCAGUAACAAUCCUGAAAUGACAAUUCUAGUGUAAAUGGGAAAGAUUUUCACCAACGUGCAGAUUAGUGCAGACAAGUACUAACAUCUUCAGCAGAAAUGGAUUUUCAAAGCUCUCUCCUGUUUUGGAAGCAUGUUAUUCAGUUCUAAAUAGGAACUUAUGUGCAAAUUCUACACUUUGGGGAGUGUCUGCUGCUUAUAGAUCAUAAAAGAGAUCCAAACAGAAACUCAGCUUCAUCAGUUCAGGGUUCAAAAGGAAAUACUCAAAUUGCUUCAAGCUGCAACCUCACUGAGAUUGUUUCUAUUACAUUUUUAACAUGUCAGUGUAUAGAUGAUAACUAUCUUUUUUGUUAUUUGCUAGGACUGCAGUCCAAUGUUGAAGUCAGUGCACUGCUCUGCAAAGGAAGGAACUUCAGUUAAUACAAAUUCUGAUAAUCAGAUUAGUAGUACUUCUUUGUAUUAUGGGAGUCCUUAAACCCCUCAACUGUGGUUCAGACCCUUCUGUAUUAGGUAUGAAAAUAUCUUCAAACCUUUAUAACCCAGAUAUUAAUGAUAGACAAGGCAGGAAUAGAUGUGAGCAUUUCAUAAGUGAAUGAAUGAAACAGAGUUGAAACUUAACUGCAUGCUUAAAUGUUGUGUUGAACGCAGGGGCUCAGACUUAUCACUAGGCUUUUCUUUUUGCCUAAAGUAAGUUAUGUCCACCACAAGUGCCAGGUUUAUAUAUAUAUA